AACUAAGACGUCGUGACGGGUUCCUAGCUUUACGACAGCAACAACUAUGGCGGCUGCCAGGGGUCGGUUUGAAAGCGAGAAGAGUAUCGAAGAGCGUAAAGAGCAGACCCGGAUUGCCAGGGCCGAGGUGUUGCGCCAGGCUAAAGCCAAUUUUGAAAAGGAAGAAAGGCGUAAAGAACUUAAACGACUUCGGGGUGAGGAUACAUGGAUGUUACCUGAUGUGAAUGAGCGGAUUGAACAAUUCUCACAGGAACACUCUGUGAAGAAAAAGAAGAAAAAAGACAAGCAUUCAAAAAAAGUGAAGAAAGAGAAGAAAAAAAAGAACAAGAAACAGAAGCAAGAAAAAAAUGAGUCAGCUGAUAGUUCAUCAAGUUCUGAAGAUGAGUGGAUUGAGGCUGUUCCAUCCCAGACUCCUGACAAGGAAAAGGCGUGGAAACUGAAAGAUGAAAAGUCAGAAAAAGAAGACAACCAAGUUACUCAGAGGGAUGAGUGGAUGACUGUUGAUUUUAUGUCUGUUAAAACUGUGUCAUCAUCAUCACUCAAAGCUGAAAAGGAAACUAUGAGGAAAAUAGAGCAAGAGAAAACUCAAGCACUGGAACAGGCCAGACUGCUGGAAAGAGAAUUGAAUCCAUACUGGAAGGAUGGUGGGACAGGUCUUCCACCAGAAGACUGUAAUGUGUCAUCAGUUACUAAAGUUUCAGUAAUAGAAGAUGGUGGAUUAAGCUGGCUAAGGAAGUCUUAUCAAAGAAUGAAGGAACAAGCUGAGAAACAAAAUAGAAAUUUUGAAGACAUUGUAGCUGAAAGAUAUGGGUCAAUGGAAAUAUUUCAGUCGAAAUUAGAAGAAGCUGAAAAAACAGCAUCCACAAAAGAAGAUUGUAGACAAGAACGCUGGAGGAAACCAACAUACUCAGAUAAAGCACAAAGUAGUCAAGAAAGUAGAAAAUCAGACUUGAUAAAAUAUAACAAAAGUUCAAGGGAUAGAUACAGUUCAACAGAUGUUGCAAACAAUAAAGAUAAGUUCAGUGGUGAUGAAAAAGAUAACAGCUCUGGGCCUUUAGAAAUAUAUAGAAGAGAUUCCAAUCCAAGGCAAAAUCAACAGUUUUCAUCGCUUGGAAAUUUGAGAUCUAAAUUCUUAAGACCCUCUGAUGAUGAACUGUCAUUUCAUCGCAAGUACAGAAAUUUUGAAUCAUCUAGUUCAUCUUCAGCACUGGUUGCUCAGGAUUCUGUGCAUUGUGGUUUUCAAAAAUCCACAGAGAACAGUGAAGAAAGUUUAUCAUCGUGGGGUCGAUCUGAUGAGCGAGAAGGAGAGAGGAAACAUUCAAAUCCGAAGCCGUUAGAAGCCAGUCGCAGUGUUGACUACCGACACGUUUCAGAAGACGCAAGAGAAGAAUCACAGGAUGAGAGCUUGAGAGAUGACUCUCCGAAAAAAGAACAUCUACAGGACACAAAGCCAUUUUCUGGAAGUAGCCCAGAGGAUGAAUCCAUCCACAUCUUGAGUGUUGAUGAGAAGAACAAGUUGGGAGCCAAGAUUAUCAAGGCAGAGAUGAUGGGAAAUAUGGAGUUAGCUGAACGACUUAAAGCCCGACUUGAAAAGGCAAAUAAAGUCAAAGAAACUAUAACACAGAUAUCAUCAAAAAAAUCUGGGGUUCAGAAUGAAGACCAGCAAGAAGUGAUUCUUGUCAGAACAGAUCAGUCUGGAAGAGUAUGGCCUGUGAACACACCAGGCAAACCUCUGGAAUCUAAAGGAGGAAGAAGGAAGAGACAGAUGGCUUCAACCUAUGAGGAAAAAGAAAGGGUUCGAUAUUUUCAUGAUGAUGAUAAUCUAAGCCUGAAUGAUUUAGUCAAGAACGAAAAGAUGGGAACAGCAGAAAAUCAAAACAAACUUUUUAUGAGAAUGGCAUCUAAGUUUAUGGGAAAAACAGAUGGAGACUAUUACACUCUGGAUGACAUGUUUGUCUCCAAAGCAGCUGAGGGAGAACGUUUUGGUGAAGAGGAAGAGAACCAGAGGAAAAAAGCUAUUGCUGAACACCGGAGACUUGCUGCACAAAUGGACAAAUGUCUGUAUUGUUUUGACAGCUCUCAAUUUCCCAAGCACCUUAUUGUUGCAAUAGGUGUUAAGGUUUAUUUAUGUUUACCCAACUUUCGAUCUCUUACCGAGGGGCACUGCCUGAUUGUGCCUUUGCAGCACCAUAGAGCAGCUACCUUAUUGGAUGAAGACAUCUGGGAGGAAAUUCAGGUGUUUAGAAAAUCAUUGGUAAAGAUGUUUGAAGAUAAAGGAUUGGACUGCAUCUUUUUAGAAACUAAUCUGAGCAUGAAGAAACAGUAUCAUAUGGUUUAUGAAUGCAUUCCGCUCCCGAAGGAAGUGGGUGAUAUGGCUCCCAUCUAUUUUAAGAAAGCCAUACUGGAAUCUGAUGAAGAGUGGUCUAUGAACAAGAAAUUGAUUGAUCUCUCUUCAAAAGAUAUCAGAAAGUCUGUACCCAAAGGCUUACCUUACUUCUCUGUGGAUUUUGGCCUCCAAGGAGGGUUUGCCCAUGUCAUUGAAGAUCAGCACAAAUUCCCUCAUUACUUUGGAAAGGAAAUCAUUGGUGGGAUGCUGGAUAUAGAACCAAGACUUUGGAGGAAAGGGAUCCGAGAAAGCUUUGAGGAUCAGAGGAAGAAAGCACUGCAGUUUGCUCAGUGGUGGAAACCAUUUGACUUUACCAGAACUAAAGAACAUUGAGUCAUACCUUUAAUUUUUUAUUUCCUCUUCAGAAUCCUUUUGAUUUCAUUUCCUUUGUAUCUAACUAAACAACUGACCCUCAGGUCAUAAGGAGAGAAAGUCCUGCUCUGGGCCUCAUCGGACUGUGUCGUUUCCUUCCCCACAUGCUCCUGUGGACUUCAGAGUAGUAACUGGGGGGUAAGACCAGAUAGAUACAUUGGGUGACCUGCUCAGGUUCCUGUUCUAUACCUGCGUCCUGGUAUUCUAAACUAUUCAGUGAAUGUAUAGAAAGACUUUUCUGAAGAUUACGUAGGAGGUAUAGCAGAUCAUUGGUUCAGAGGGAAGUAGGUCGGUUUCAAGGUUGUCUAUUGACUGACUUCUUCGGCAUUUUUUAAAUUAAGAAUUGUCAUAUUCAGUAAUAAUUGAAAUUUCUUUUCGUAACAUUUUACAAAAGAGCUCUUAAUUUUCUACCAGUAGCAUAUAUAUCACUGCUAUUCUUUUUAUUGAAGGAAAAAGAAUGUCCUAAAGGUAAUAAAGAGUUAA